AUGGGUUUGGAUGUGAGCUUUAUAGCUGUACUAUUCAUUUCUCAUGGUCUCUUAAUCAAUUCUGACGAUUGGAUCACUAAACAUUUGCAGCUUGACAAUGAAGAUGCAUUUUCAAUCAUAUUAUAUGGAAGUGGUGCCUUGGUUGCUUUGUGGCUAGCAUCUGCUCUUGUCGGUGCUAUUGAUUCAAUUCCGUUGUUCCCUAAAUUCAUAGAAGUUGCGGGUCUUGGCUACACGUUCUGGUUCACCUCCCGAUAUCUGAUAUGUUGGAAGCGUAGGUGGAAAAACAGGGAGGAGUUGGCUUCUAAAAUCGAAGAACUUAAGCAGCAGAUCGUUGGCUGGGAUGACAAAUGA